GCUUCUCCCAACCCAACCGUGACAAUCGCCUCGGGGAUUGUCAUCGGGACCACGCAGGCCCUCCCCUCCAGCACAGAAACAGCCAAUGUGUAUCUGGGGAUCCCCUUCGCCCAGUCGCCCCCCGUGCGAUUCGCACCUCCCGAAGCGCCAGCGCCAUGGCCGUCUCCCAUCUAUGCCCAGGAGUUCAAACCCUCCUGUAUGCAGGUCUUUGCAGACUUCAACAGUGCGUAUACCGAUAACCCGUGGACGGAGGACGAGGACUGUCUGUAUCUGAAUGUCUGGACCCCUCGGGGAUCGAAUGCCACAGAUCUAGAGGUGAUGGUCUGGAUUUACGGCGGGAAUCUGGCCUGGGGCACAUCAUCAGACCCAUUCACAGAGGGCACCGCCCUCGCCGUCCGUGGAAACAUCAUCGUCGUGAGCUUCAACUAUCGUUUAAGUAUCUUUGGCUUCUCCAACUCGCCCUCGCUUCCCCUCACCCACCGCAACGCAGGUUUCCUCGACCAACGUCUCGCCCUAGACUGGGUACAGCGCAACAUCCACGAUUUCGGCGGCAACGCCUCCAAAGUGACCAUCUUCGGCCAGUCCGCCGGCGGCUACUCGGUGCAACAACUGCUGGCUGCACCCCCGGGCCCGAAGGACCGACCCCCCUUCCGCGCAGCGAUCAUGCAGUCGUUUGCGCGCGCGUUCGGCGGCAACGGGACAGCCAACUACCUCAACGCGGCGGAGCACUUCAACUGCACCGACGAGGAGGUCCUCGCCUGCCUCCGCCGCGUCGACGCAGUCGAGCUACGCGACUACGCCGCGCAAGCCGAGCUCGACUUCGCCCCCGUCGAGGACCACCACACGUGCAUCACCAACGUAACGGACCACAUCCUGAACGGGCCGGGGCUGGCGGACGUGCCGCUGCUGCUGGGCUCCACGCGCGACGAGCUCAGCGCCAUGGUGUACGCCCUGUCCUCCAACGCCACGGACCCGGUGCACACCACCUGGCAUCGCGUGCACGACCGACUAAUCACGAAGCUCCUCUUCUCCCCCUCCUCCUCGUCGCUGUCGAAGAGGAACUACGGCCUGCUUGUUCGUCUCGCUAGCGAUAUCGUCUUUACCUGUCCGACUAGUCGGGCUUGUAAUGUGACUACCGCCAGCAGCAGCAGCAGCAGCAGCAGCAGCAACAACAAACGCAGGUCCGGUGUCUGGCGGUAUCGGUGGUCAACGGAGGCGGCGGCCCCCGGGACAAUCAUCCCCAAUCACGGGGCGGUGCACGGGGCGGAGAUCCCCGCCAUCUUUGGCACGCAUCUGCCCGACACGCCCGCGGACACGCUGGCCAUGACUGCCUACAUGCAAGAGUUAUGGGCGGGGUUCGCCAAGCAUCCCGUCGCCGGGCCU